GCAAGAGAGUGGCCAGCACGCAGCCACAUAUUCGCAGGAAGGCCGAGACCGCCAUGUCGUCGAUUCGAGUGCGUGCAACCAACAAGCUGCUCACAAAGAUCGGAGCGACCAAACCUAGCAAGAACGUCCAGUUUGACCAGGCCUUCUCGGGGUUUGAGCAAUUGCAAUCGGGCAUUGUCAAUCUGGACAACGCCGUCAAGGGAUACAUUGCCGCGCUUCGAGGGUUCCAUACCGCGUCCACCAUAUUGAACAGGGCCAUCGAAGACGUGUCCAACUUCAAAUGCACAGACAUUCCGUCCGAGUCGCCCGAAGUCAAGCAGUUCAUCGACGUUUUCAAAGCGUGUUCGCUCAACAUCGACAUCACCCACGUCACGGAACUGGCCAAGGCAUUUGAAACUCGAGUCCAAACACCGGCCCAGGGCUGGACGCAUCAAGUCAACUUGCUCCACAAGGAAUGCGCUGACUUCAACGAGACCCACAUCACGUACGAUCACUACAACAAGAAGGUGCUGGCACUGCGAGAAGCUCACAACAAGCGAGUCGGGGCCGGCAAGCACGAAAAGGGCAAGGAAGUGGACAAACUCGUCCGGAACGAACAAAAGCUCGUCACGAUCACGAACGAGUACAACCAAGCAGCGGAAACCACAAUUCACCACUUACGGGACUUCUUGCGCCACCGCGACUCAACCUUGCUGCCUCUUGUCCAGCGAGUGAUUGAGUUCCGCAUCCACUACACGUCGGCAAUGGUGGCCGCUACCAAGAAAAUGGAGCCUCUACUGGCCAUCACGAGCUACGACGAACACCUGGCCACCCUCGAGUCAUUUGCGACCAAUGGACAUGCCGCCGCCGCAACCGACAAGCCUGCUCCACGUGUCAGUGGCACAGCCUCGCACAUUGCAACCUCCGACAUCCAAGUCAACAAGCUGAGCUUUAGCGACUUCGUUGGGCCGUCGACAGACUCGACGAGUCCGUCCCCUCCAGCACGUGCAACGAUGGAGUCGUGGGGAGACUUCGGAGACUCUCCCCCGUCUGCUGCAUCGUCGCCAGUGCCUCCGCCUGCUGUAACCUCGUUUGGGUCCAACAAAUCCAUGCAUGGUGGAGCGUUCGUGUCGGCGCCACCACAACAGCCGCAGUCUCGAACGGCCAGCGGGCACGUUGGGCUGGAACUACGUGCGAACAGCAGCAAUCGCAUCGUGAAUGUGCUCGACUUUGCCAGCCCCCCUCUCGAGGCGACCUCAAACAAUCCGUUUGGAGGCGGCAACGUCUUCAUGGACUUUACUAUGUCGGAUUUGCAAGGACAUGCCACCACCCACGGCGUCGAUUCCCCGUUAGCAGGGGGUUUCAACCCAUUUGCACCUCCACCACCUGCUCCGGCGUCCCAAACUGCGCCACUCCAUGCAGCUGUACACACGCCCACAGCAGGAAGCCCUGGAUUUGAUUCGUUUGACCUGCUGGGUGCUGCUCAGUAGCGCGAUGCCUCCCUCAGACCCCCCAGACUAGAUGGAGAAAACGAUUCUGUUUCUGCUCAUCAUUGUAAAUUCCACAUGCACUAUUGGUUAAAAUCCAAGGAGUUUCGAAUCAAUAAUGGCCAAUCAUAGUGCAGAA